AUGGUGCUCGUCGUCGUUGUCGUAACGCUGCUGUUCACUGAGCACAAGGUGGUAGACCCAGAAAUCGGCAAUCCCGAACCGUUCGUGUACACGGACGCUACUCGACGGAACCUCGGCGACCGCACGCGCUCCCGUCACCAGCGACGUGCGCCGCUCAAGGUUACACCUGGUCCCAACUUCUGUUCGGUGAACUGGAAAGGAGGCAGCGACUUGCUGCACGUCAGGAAGGAGGGUCCACCCCUCUCGGUCCUGGAGAAAGCGAUGCCACACGUGAUGCCCGGCGGUCGCUGGUUUCCGACCGGGUGCACGGCCCGGCACCGAGUGGCUAUAGUGGUGCCCUACCGGGACCGGCUGAGCAACCUGCAAGCCUUCCUGCAGCACAUGCACCCGUUCCUCCAGAGCCAGCAGCUCGAUUACGGCAUAUACGUCGUGGAGCAGAACGACGCGGAUGGGUUCAAGCGCGCGAAACUGUUCAACGCGGGCUACGAGAUUAUCAAGGCGAUGCACAAUCACAGCUGCUUCAUUUUCCACGACGUGGAUCUGCUGCCGGAGAACAGGCGCAACGUGUACGCUUGCAAUAAAGGAGGCCCCUUCCACUUGCCUACCUGCAUCGACCAGUGGAAAUACAAGGUUCUCUACUCGAGCAUAUUCGGAGGUGUGUGUGCCAUGCACAUCACGCACAUGGAGAAGGUCAACGGCUUCUCGAACUUGUUCUCGAAAUGGGGUGGCGAGGACGACGACAUGUCGCGCAGGUGCGUUGCUCAGGGUUGA